GCUCCUUAUUCAACACCAUCCUAUAGGAGCUGCUCCUUAUCCAGUAUAAUUCUAACAGGAGGUGCUCCCUAUUCAACACCAUUUUAACAGGGUGCAGGAAGGUGUAUAAAAUGCAGCCCUUUGCUAAUCCCCACGCCUCGCUUUAUUGUUUAAAAUAUUUUUUUUGAUUUUCACAUAAACAAGAGAAAUCAACAUGACAGCAUGCAGACUUAGAGGAUGUGCUGUAAAUGGUACAAUAGCAUAUUAACUAAGUAAAAAAUCUGUGUUUAAUAAAGCCCCUCUAAAACCAAGUCUAACAAUAUAGUAUAAGAAAACGAGAGUAAGAUUUUUCUACAUUUCAGCAGUACCAUUAUACUGUAUAUUUGGAAGGGAAACGUGCCUGCUGUUACCCAGCCCUUUAAAAGAAAUCAAACGGUAGUGGGUAGAAGUUCAUGAAGCCGGCGCAGGUGAGCGUGUUUUUACUCUCUUCCCUUUUUGUAUAAAUGUGGAAGCUCUGUCACUAUAAAAGUGGCCCUUGUCAGGAAACCCCCCUUUGAUUUUUUUUUUUAAAACAUUUAAAGGCAGCAAUUGGCUCAGGGCUGGGUUCCCAUAGUAAGCUGUGGGCUGUAGGCCAGGAAGCUUGCAUCUGAUACAAACUCGUUGCAGACCCCAGGAAGGAGGAAGUUGCAGCCGCAAGUCAGGAAAUAAGUCACUGGGCACCUCCGACGCUUGUGUCCACCCUUUAUACGGAUUUAGUUCAGCUUUUAUUUCUUGAAGCUUUCAGCAAGGCGUGGAGCGGGGCAGUGCACAGGACAUUAACUUCAUCAUCUUCAUCAUCUCUAUCAGUCUGAGUAUUUGUUCCCUUCACUCAGCAUGCGCCUGGUCUUCCCGAUCAUGUUUUUUACCUAAUGGCUACAAAUAUAAAAAGAUCACAGUCACUGGCGGUUUCAUUUGAGAGGAGGACCAUCAUGUGUCGGCGAGACACAAGAAUUAUGGCGUCAGACGAGCCCAGCUGGCCAACUCCAAUGAAAGCCAUCGGGGCCCAGAAUCUACUGACAAUGCCGGGAGGAGUCGCGAUCUCAGGAUACCUGCACAAAAAGGGAGGCACGCAGUUACAGAUCAUGAAAUGGCCCCUGAGGUUUGUGAUCAUCCACAAGGGUUGUGUUUACUACUUCAAAACCAGCACUUCAGCCACGUCGCAAGGAGCCUUCUCACUUAAUGGCUACAACAGGGUGAUGAGGGCGGCAGAAGAGACGACAUCAAAUAACGUGUUUCCCUUCAAAAUGGUCCAUAUCAGCAAGAAGCAGCGCACAUGGUACUUCUCUGCAGCCUCUGAAGAGGAGAGGAAGAAAUGGAUGCUGUCCUUAAGGAAAGAAAUCGAUCAUUACCAUGAGAAGAAGGAGACGGUGACAGAUUUAAGCGACCCUGACUCUGAUUCUGACAGCUUCUAUGGCUCUGUGGAACGCCCUGUGCCCAUUAAUUACACUCACAAUCCGGCUGAUGAUAGCUAUGAAGAUGACGACGAUGAGGAUGAUGACUAUGUAAAACCCGAUGGCGCGGAUGAGAAUGCACCAACAUACCCACCACCACCCGUCCCACGGAAUCCGAGAAACGGCAAUGAUUCUGUCAAGCCAAGAACCAUGUCUGAUGUUGGACUGCCCUAUAGGCCACCUCCUCCUCCAACCCCUCCAUUAAUAAAGACAUUGCCUCAUCUUUCUGACCAGGCGAGGAAGGAAUCGGCAAUCCAUCAAGGCUUUUCAUGUGGGCCACCACCUCACAAAAUAGAGGAGUUUACUCCAAAGCUUCCUCCUCACAAAAAGACUUCAUUUGACCUAAUUGGAAAAGAGCCACCUCGGAGGGAAGAUUUAAUUGGCUCAUCAGAUUCUGUUCCAGGUUACGAUCUGUGUGGGCCUACUAUUAAACCACCUUCACCAUCACUACAGCUAGGAGCUCGCCAUGUAGAUCCACCCGCACCGCCGCCUGUUUCUUACCCAAAGAAAAAUGGUUCAAGCUGUAAGCCUAUGACAAAUCCCAGUACACAGCUGAUUUCUAACACUGUGAGCAAAGAACUUACAGACAAGUUUAGAAUGAUGCCUGUUCCCUCACCCGCCCCACCUCCUAAACCAUCUUUUUUAAGCCCAGUUGUAAAACCAAGCUCUUCCUCCAAUGCACCACCGCCUCCCCCUCCAGUGAAACCUUCCAUUCCACCGUCUACUCCUCCAUCUGUUACAAUAGCUUCUAUAAGCCCUCCAGUCCCACCAAUCAAACCCAGAAUGCUCAAUGAUCAGAAAGCAGAGAGGAUACCACAGAAGCCACCCCCAAUACCCCGACAGCCAGGAAGAAAGUCAGAGAGUGAUAAACUUGAGCCUUCACCAAAGCUGAGAUCACCACCUGAUGGGCAAAGUUUCAGAGGUCUCAGCACGGAGGGUCCUGCUCAUCCAAUAAAGCCUAAAAGAAAAUUGACUAGGAAUGACAGUGAUGAGGACUAUGAGAAGGUCCCCUUACCUGUCUCAGUAUUUGUUGACACCAAUGAUUCAGUGGAAGUGGAAAGGAUAUUCAAAGCUGCAAGCCCAGGAGGAACCCCCCAGAAUGGCUUAUUCUGUAUACGGAACUCCGCUAAGGCUGGAAAGGUUCUAGUUGUUUGGGAUACAGCCACUGAGAAAACAAGGAACUACAGGAUAUUUGAAAAGGACUCCAAAUAUUUCCUAGAGGCUGAACUGCUUUUCCCAGACGUUGAGAGUUUGGUGGAACACUACUACACAAACAAGUUACCAAGUCACAGUACUCUGGUUCUCCAGCAUGCCUAUGGCUGCUCUUUUCCCAGGUGACACAAAGAGAGCACGGAAGAGUCCUGGAGUUGAACAGGCGGUUAUGAGCCGAGCAUAUAGUCCGGAUGCUGAAACAGAAGACUAUGGGCAGCGGUUAAAGGCUGACAUUACUGCGUUGAUAAACCAACUCAAGUUGCAGGCGCAUCAUUGUCAGAAAUGGCUAAUUUAUGGCUAAUCACCUUCAGUAUGGGCUGGACUGCUGAUCGAGGCCAUCAGGGAAUGGUGGAGACUUUGACUUUAGAGAGAGAUCGGCUUUUUAUUUAUUUUUCUUAAGAAAUCCAAUCACUUGCUUUCUCUACUAAAAUGACGUAUUUCGUCGUUAUUUUUGUAACAAAUUAUAAUUUAAAAAAAACAACUUUUUGGUCUGACAUGUCAACAAGUUGGUAAGACACUGGCAAAAAAAAUUGUGGGCCAGGUGUAGGAUUGGCUUCUUCAUGUUUAUGAAACAUUUAGGGGCAGAUUUAUCAAGGGUCCUAUAGUAAAUUCUAAUUUUCAUGUGUCAAAAUUCAGACAUUUGAAUUUUAAUCCCCAUAUU